AUGACGUUCGAAGAAGGUGAACCUCACAGGACACGAAAAAGAGAGGCAGAAGAGGAUGACGCAGAAGAUGUGCUACCCGAUGGGAAUAUCGGACCUGGGAACCCGGGAAUCAAUAACAACGCGGGUAGCAGCCCGGAGGACCCCAAACCCAGUGGAGAUGACCCAGACAAUUCGGCGCCCACAUCCGACAUCCCAACCAUACCAGCAAACCCAACUGUCCCAACACGGCGUAGUGAGCGAGGGCACGUUCCGUCACGAAGGUUCAUAGAAAGUGAGGAAUACGAGGGAAGAGAAGAAGCAGCCAGGAGGAACGGAGAACAGUGGUCCACAGACCAACUCGCCAACGAACCAUCCCCACUAGCACUUAUCAGCCAGAACCGCUACGCAUUCGCAGCUACAUCCGGAGAACUAUGGGUACCGCAAACAUACAAACAAGCAAUGAGAAGACCAGACCUCUGGUUCACACCUAUGGAGAGGGAGUUCAACAUGUUACUGGACAAAGACUGCUGGGAGUUGGUACACAGUCAGGAAAGAAAUCCAUCAAAAUAG